AUGAAUGUGUGGUUCCCCAUCUUCAACGAAGCCUAUCCCAUAAACCCUUACAUCGAAUCCCCAUCCCGUACGUACUUCCGCGGUACCCAAUCCCUCGAUGGCCAUCACCAUCACUAUUAUGCUAAUGGCAACACCAACGUCAACAACAACAACAACAACAAAAACCCUCGCUCCCACCCUAUCCGGGGCUUCACAGAAACCUGCCCAGCCCAGGCUGGCAUCCCUGGCUGGCGUCGAAUAUGCUUUAUGAUCUAUGAAAUUAACCCGGAAUUUUUUGUCUCUGCAGUUGAUGGCAAUGGCAAUGGAAACGGAUUUAACAGUGGUAAUGAAGGGGAGAGUGAGGAGGAAGAGUGGUUGCCCUGGAGCUGGACCACGGUGGAUUUCCUUUGGGCCUUUGGGUGGAGGAAUAAGAUGGCGGAGGCGGAGGUGGAGGAGGGGCCGUUUAUUUUUUGGACGGUUUGA